AAGAGAGACUCUGACGUCACCCUGUCCUCGUGCCGCUGCCGGCUGUUGCCUCGCGCACACUCAUCCAUUAAUCCAUCGGUCAACACGUCGGUCAACUGGAACGACUGCAACAGAGAAAGUUCAUGUUGUGACAUUUGACGCUUCAUCCUGAGCUGAGAGCGUCUUUACACGUGGUGACUAUUUCUGCUCUCCAUCCAUCCAUCCAUCCAUCCGUCCGUCCGUCUGUCCAUCCGUCCCCAUGAGUAAUGAUAACCCUCCUCCGUACGUCCCUCCCGUCCCCGGUGGACCUUCAGCUCCCGGCUUCUCUUCAGGUUACAGCUCUCAGCCUGCGACCUUUCCUGGCUCACCGUACCAGACCUUCCCUCAGACCUACACAGGUGGAGGAGACCUCUCCUACUACCAAGGACCGGCUGGACCCCAGGGACCAUACCUGACUCAGCCUGGGUACCAGGGGUACCAGAGCGGCCCCUGGGAGGGCCCUAAAAUGUACGGAGAGCAGCCGAAACACACAGUGUUCGUGGUUGAUCAAAACUAUGACGACGGCGGCGCCGACGGAGCCGAAUCAUGUCUGGCAGGAUGUUCAGCUGCUCUGUGCUGCUGCUGCCUCUGGGACAUGUUGACCCAAAACUUCUGCUGACCUCUGACCUUCACCACCACUGAGCAUCUUCUUUCCCAUCAUGCACCAGGGCCACCAUGAUGACACCAACCUUUGACCUUUUGACCUUCAUUAUUUUAUCCUGUUAGACAUUUGUGUCAAGUUCGGUCAGAAUUAGUGAAUGAAUUCUUCAGUUAUGGCCAAAAACACGUUUGUGAGGUCACAGUGACCCUGGCUUGUGUCCAAUCUGACGUUUGCGCCAAAUUGAAGAGAAAUCCCAUCAAAGCCGUCUUGAGUCACAGGGUUCAGAGGAAUGAGACAGACGUAAAGGCACAGUGACCUUUGACCUUCAAAUUCUAAUCAGCUCAUUGUUAAGUCCAAGUGAAAGUUUGUGCCAAAUUAAAAAAAAAUCCCUUAAGGUUUCUGAGAUGUCGUGUUCACAUGUUCUCAAGAAUGAGAUGGACAAAGUUACAGUGACCUUUGACCUUCAAAAUCUAAUCAGUUCAUCGUUGACUCAAAGUGGACGUUUGUGCCAAAUUUGAAGAAUUUCUCCCGGGAUGUUGACAUAUGAUGUUAAAGAGAACAGGACAGUGUUCUUACAUAGCGGCGGUGGCGGCUCAGAGUCUCACUGACAUUCAUGAUAAAUGUUCCAGUGUUUGAGUCACAGACGCCGUCAGUUUCACUAAUGUGUUUCUCUGUUGUGUGUUUUUCCCCGACCUCCUGAUGAUGUCACACCCCUCUGCCGAUGAUGUGCCUGCACAUGGCGGGUCCUGAUCUCAGACCCUGAUGACAUCAUAAAACUAAAAGUGUAAAUAAAAGUGUUUACAGUC